UGAGGGUGUGUUCGUAGGCAAGGGGCGGCGCGGAGGGGCGGAGCGGUUCUCUCUACCGGGCGGUGUCAGCUGAAGAAAACGGGACAGAGGAGCAGAGAGAGGCCAACACAGGGAUUCAUUUACCCGGGUGAUUGUACUGAAUUGGACCAGCGGACUUCAGGUGUCAGCAUGUCAGGAAAAGUCAGCGCUGAGGAGAUGGAGGAGAUCAAGGAGGGCUUCCAGAAAGUGGAUGUGGAUGGUAAUGGGUACAUCUGCGCCUCCGAGCUUGGGGAACUCUUCCGGGAGGUGGGCUGCUCUCUGCCUGGAUACCAGAUCAGAGAACUACUUCAGAAGCUCGACCGAGACAACGACAGCCGCAUCAACCUCGAAGAGUUCACGGCUAUUUUUGGGGAUUUGAAGGACGACCGCAUGGCCAUGGGUUUCAGGAAAGCUCUGAACAAGAAAGAAGGCAUCCUGGCCAUCGGGGGCACCAGCGAGAUCUCUAGUGAAGGAACUCAGCACUCAAUCUCUGAGCAGGAGCGCUACGCCUUCGCCAACUACAUCAACUCUUCUCUGGCGGAGGAUCCUGACUGUAACCACGUCCUGCCCAUCGACCCCGAGACUGAAGCUCUGUUCAAAGCAGUGUCAGAUGGCGUCAUACUCUGUAAACUCAUCAACCUCUCUGUUGCUGACACCAUUGAUGAGAGAACCAUCAACAAGAAGAAACUCACAGCUUUCACCACACAGGAGAAUCUGAACCUGGCUCUGAAUUCCGCCUCGGCCAUCGGCUGCCAAGUAGUGAACAUCGGAGCUCAGGAUCUGAAGGAGGGGAAACCUCACCUGGUGCUCGGACUGCUCUGGCAGAUUAUCAAGAUCGGACUGUUCGCUGAUAUAGAGCUGAGCCGCAACGAAGCGAUAGCGGCGCUGUUGGAGGAAGGGGAGAGUCUGGAGGACUUGAUGAAGCUCAGUCCUGAGGAGCUGCUGCUGCGCUGGGCCAACUUCCACCUAAGGAAAGUCGGAAUGUCCAUAUCCAACUUUUCCGGAGAUAUUAAGGACUCCAAGGCGUACUUCCACCUGCUCGAGCAGAUUGCUCCAGACGGCACCAAAGAGGACGUUCCACGGAUUGAGAUCGACAUGAGUGGUGUUUAUGAGAAGGACCUCAGUAAGAGAGCGGAGUGUAUGCUGACACAGGCCGACCGCCUCGGCUGCAGACAGUUUGUGACGGCAACUGAUGUCGUGAGCGGGAACUCAAAGCUCAACAUGGCCUUCGUAGCCACGCUCUUCAACAAACACCCGGCUCUCACCAAACCAGAGAACCAGGACUGGAAUCUGGAGGGUGAGACCAGAGAGGAGAGAACCUUCAGGAACUGGAUGAACUCUCUGGGAGUGAAUCCUCAUGUCCACCAUAUCUACGGGGAUCUGAUGGAUGCCAUGGUGAUCCUCCAGCUUUAUGAAAGGAUUAAGGUGCCAGUGGACUGGGACAGAGUCAACUUGCCUCCAUUCAAGGGAGUAGGAGGAGGACAUUUAAAGAAGAGGGAAAACUGUGCCUAUGCUGUGGAGCUGGGAAAGACAAAGGCUGGUUUCUCUCUGGUGGGAAUUGGAGGACAGGACCUGUACGAUGGAAAUCCAACUCUCACUCUGGCUCUGGUGUGGCAGCUGAUGAGGAGGUACACGUUAAAUGUUCUGGAGGACCUGGGAGAAGGAGAAGUAGCGGGAGAUGAGUUGAUCAUUUCAUGGGUCAACAAGACGCUGGCUGAGGCCGGCAAGAGUUCCUCUAUCAAAAGCUUUAGGGAUAAAUCCAUCGGUACCAGCAUGCCGGUUCUGGAACUGAUCGAUGCCAUCCAGCCGUCCAGUGUGAACUUUGAACUGGUUCAAACAGGAACUCUGUCAGAGGAAGACCAACUCAACAACGCCAAGUAUGCCGUUUCCAUGGCGAGGAAGAUUGGAGCUAAAGUGUACGCCCUGCCUGACGACCUGGUGGAGAUCAACCAGAAAAUGGUGAUGACCAUCUUCGCCUGCCUGAUGGGGCGAGGCAUGAAGAGGGCUUAAAGGACACACACGCACACGCGCACGCGCACACGCACACACACACACACACACACACACACACACACACACACACACACACACACACACACACACACACACACACACACACACACACACACACACACACACACACACACACACACACACACACAGAGACUUUUUGCCUGUGUGACUGGAUUAGACAUGAAGAGAUGAGCUGUGUUGUUUAGUUUUUUUAAAGCGGUUAUUCUGCAUUAAGCCAAAAUAGAAGUAUCACUUUAGUCGUCUUUUCUGCAUUCCGUUGUCAAUAAUCAAUAAUGACACCUGUGUAUGUUGACACAAACAAUAAUGAUCAUGUUUGGGCUCCAAAGGACUUUCAAUUUUCAAAAUGGUUGCAGAAUGUUGCAGAAAAGUGAGACUUCUAUAACAGCUACCUGGUAAAUAAAUAUGAGUUUUUUUUAUGAAUCUCAGUUUUGCUUUAACUGAUUAGUAGUGCCACAUUAAAGGAGUACUGCUCAUAGUUAUGAACAUAAGUGUGAAUGUGUUUGUCUAGACUGGGUCUGCCCAGUGCAUUCUGGGAGGGACUCCUGCCCCGCUAUGACCCUGUUGAGGGGUAAUCCUGUCCAUGAAAUAAAUGAAUACAUUAAGGUUUUUUUUGUUAUGCAAAGGCAGUGUCACAUGGGGAUUUUAAGACAAUAAUCACUUAGACCUCGCAGCCCUGUACAUUCUUUUAUUUUUUUCUCCCAUUACUGUUAUUUCUUAAACUGUACUGACAGGACUAACAUUUCCCCGGCUGCAUUGACUUUAAUCUCCCCAUGUGUCACGCCUCAUGAUCGUCCUGCUGUAUCUCCCAAUGUGCCAGCCAAACCAAUAAAUGAGCAUUAAAUGAACCUAAGCCAUAAAAUGAUAUUCUUUACUGAAUACCUUUUGGCCUUUUUUUUAUACUCCCAAAGCUGUGCAGGAUAAUAUGAAGUGCAUGUUUUCACACUGGAAGAUCUUUAACUCAGUAUAUUAUGAAACAACAAAUCCGGGGGUAUUAAAAUGUUUAAAAAAAUGCACAAGAACCCUUAAAAUUGCUUUAAAACACAACCCUAAAACACUUGAUUUGAUAAUUAGUGAGAAUUUAUUUUCUAAAUUGUGGACAUUGCAUUUCUAACUUGUCAAAGCUGCUACUGCUAAAUAUGAACUCAAUACAACAGAAGACAUUAUAACAGAAGAGAGCAGCUACAUUUCCAUGAGCUGUUAAAACUGGUCCAUGUUUAAAAUGUCAGGGAACAUGUGUUUGUUGCUGACAAAUAUUGUUGUCCUAAUGUCGCGGGUGCAUUUGUGGAUAUGUUAAAAAGUGAUCCAGGUUUGAUGCUGCUGAUGUUCACAUUCCACUUUUGUUCAGUUUUUUCUUGGACACAUUUUCGAUUGGCCCUCUGGAAAGCCACUGUUGGCAAAAUUGUUGCUUCACAUGAUAGCAAUACUUUUAAUACUCGGUGUGUUUGAACAGAUCGAUUAUGUUCAAUAAAAUAAUUUUUCCAUACA